UAAUUUAUCAGAAAUAUAUUCUAUAUGGAUUGAAGGCUCUUCCUUCAACCAUUGCUAAAUCAAACCCUUGUUCAUCAUCUUAGCUAGACUACAAUGGACAAGAAACAGAUCUCAAAAAUUCCUUCAUCUCAUCAAAAAAACCAAACAGUUUCAUCAGAAUCUCUUGAAGACAGAGACAAGAGAUCAACAGAAGAUAUCAUCAACAAGCAAGCAAGAAAAAGCAGCAACAAUGGCGGACUGAUGAGAAGGUAUCUUGGAGUGAGACAAAGACCUUCAGGAAGAUGGGUUGCUGAAAUCAAAGACUCCUCACAGAAGCUGAGGCUCUGGUUAGGGACUUUUGAUACAGCAGAAGAAGCUGCCAUGGCUUAUGACAGUGCAGCUAGGCUUCUAAGAGGACGAAACGCAAAGACCAACUUUGAUUUCCAUGGAAACUCCAUUGAUACCCACCAAGAAAAUUGCAGGUUUCUUGGGAAAAAUCCAAGAUUAUAUCAACUUUUUCAACAUGCAGUUAUGAAGAACCAUGCAAGAUCAUCAUCACCAUCAGCAGCAGCAGGAGAAAUAUCAAAUGGAACUCCAUGGUUAGAUCAAAAUUUUGAGGCCAUGGUUGAAGAAGAUGGGAGUAAAAAGCUUUGUGGGCUAUCGAUUGGCAGUUCUAAGGUUUAUUCUUCUGUUAUUGUUGCUCCUUCUUUUAGUGCUUCUUCUUCUUCUUCUUCUUUGUUAUGUCAAGGAGAACAAAACAGCUGCAAAAAGGUUUAGUAUAAAGAUUUAUUUUACUUGUAAAUAAUUUUUUUUUUCUAGAAAAAUAAAAGAUUUCUUUAGUCUCCAAUAAAAUAUG